CUUCAACUAUUUGAUGCAGAUGAGGGUGAAGUUAGUGUUGUAGCUUCAAACAUCUUUCUUGUUAAUCAACCUAGUUUGAAUGAAGAGGAGGUAGGAAUAGGAACUGAUGCUGAAUUAGAGGAAGAGGAUAAUAAUGAGCCCGUUCUUGGUGAUUAUGAUAGUGAAGAGUUGGAAUUUUUUAGAAAGGAAAAGCAUAGAGAAGUCAAUGACCAGCUGGACAUGUUCUUAGAGUUGGAAAAAGGUAUGUGCUUUAAAAAUCUUAAAGAAGCUAAGAGAGUUGUGAAUUUUUACUCUAUUGCUAAUAAGAAAGGCCUUCAAGUUGAUAAAAGUGACACUACCAGAUUGAGAUAUGUGUAUGAUGUUGGAUGUCCCUUUGAGUGUUUGAUAUCUGAAGAUAAGAAAAGCCAGGGAUUCAAAAUUAAGACUUUGAAUACAAAUCACUCUUGUUUGUCAGCUUUUCAGAAUAGAAGAGCUACCCAAGAAGCUUUAGCACACUACUUGAAGAAGAAGAUUCAGAAUAAUCCAAAGUACAAGGUGGCAGACAUGAAAAAAAUAUUUGAAUGAUAUGUUUAAACUGAAUGUUAGUUAUUCUACAAUGAAAAGGGUUAAGAGGCUUAUAUUAGAGAAAUUGAAGGGUAGCUACAUUGAUGAAUUUAAUAAGUUGGAGGCUUAUGCCCAAGAAUUGAGGGAGAGCAAUCCUGGUACGGAUGUGAUCAUAAACAUAUCUAAAGAGGCUUUGAAUCAGGGGAAAAGAAGUUUCUUAAGAAUGUAUGUGUGCUUUCAAACUUUGAAAAAUGGUUGGAAAGCAGGUUUGAGGCCUUUUAUAGGGCUAGAUGGAACAUUUUUAAAAGAAAAAUUCAAGGGAAUUUUAUUAGUUGCACUCGGCCAAGAUUCAAUGAAACACUUUUAUCCCCUUGCUUGGGCAGUGGUGGACAAAGAGACAAGUAGAACCUGGAAAUGGUUUGUUGAGUUGCUAGUUCAUUAGAUUUAGCCGAUGGUGAAGGAUUGACAUUUAUGUCUGAUAUGCAGAAGGUAAUUGCUUGACACUUUUAUUUAUGCUUUUCUGUUGAAUUUUUAUGCAACCAGUACAUUAAUUAUUUUCAUGUUUAUUGUUAUAAGGGUUGUUGAAUGUUAUUAGUCAAGUCUAUCCCAAAGCACAUCAUAGAUAGUGUGUAAGACACAUAGAAGCAAACUGGAGCAAGAUUUGGAGAAGUGUACAAAUGAAGAAAUUACUGUGGUGGUCUGCUUGGAGCACAUAUGAAGAAGAAUUUCAUGAUCAAUUAAAGGACAUGGGAGCUUUGUCUGAACAAGCUAUCAAGGAUUUGGUGUGGUAUUCUGUACAACAUUGGUGUAGGGCUUAUUUUGACACAGUCUGCAAGAAUUUUGCAUGUGAAAAUAACUUUACAGAAUCAUUCAACAAAUGAAUUCUAAACGCAAGAGGAAAACCUAUAAUCAAGAUGUUGGAAGAAAUUAGAACCAAGGUCAUGGUAAGGUUGAAAGAACUUGAAGAGGAGGGGCGAAAUUGAAAAAGAAAGUUCAGUUCAUAUGCCAUGGAGUUGUAUACUGAUUAUAAUAUGAUUGCACAUUGUUGUGAAGUAAAAUCUAAUGGAGACCAGGGGUAUGAGGUGAUUGAGGGCGAAGAUACGCAUGUGGUACAUCUUGGUAGGAAGAAGUGCACGUGUAGGACAUGGGACUUGACAGGCAUACCAUGUCCUUAUGCCAUUAAAGCUUACAUUCAUGACAAACAAGAACCAGAAGAUCAUGUGAAUUGGUGGUAUUCAAAAAAAGCUUGCAUAUUGGUAUACAUGCAUAAAAUACAACCUGUUAGAGGUUCUAAAUUCUGGAAAGUUGAUGCUACUCAUGCUAUGGAGCCACCUGAAAUACAAAAAAUGAUUAGUAGACCACAGGUUAAGAGGACAAGGAAAAAGGCCGAAUCUAGAAAGAGGGAGGGGGUAUGGUCAGUUUCAAGAAAAGCACUGAAAAUGACAUGUGGUCAUUGUGGUGCACCAGGCCAUAAUCAAAGGAAAUGUCCUUUGCUUAACAAAUCAAAAGAACCAGUUGAAGAUGUACUAGUGUUAGCACCCCGAGAUAGCCAAGAAUCUGGUGUCUUCAUGCCUACUCCUGGAUGUGUUGCUUCUUCAAGUCAAUAGACCAAAUCUGUUGAACCUGAGUUACAUGUUGCGCCUUUAAGUGUUGCAGUUGUUGAUAAAGAUGGAGAUGAAUCUGAAGAGGAUGAGAAGCCAACUAUGCAACCUAAGAGAAUCUCCGAAGCUUAGACUAGGCUUGAAGCUAAAAAGGUUCUGCAUCGACCAACUGGUACAAGGAAAAUUGGCUUCAAGGGAGAUGAAAAUGGUGUGAGUAUACCUAAAAAAAUUUUGUAUUCACCAAAAAAGUUGUCUUACAAAGGCAACCCAAUCAUGACUUCAAAUCAGUUGAAUGUUGAAAAGGAAAAAAGAAUAAAAAAACUGAAGACAAUGAGGGAUGGAAAAAAUAGGGGAGAAGUUAUUUUGAGUUCAAGGAUGAAAAAAUGAAUCAGCUAUACUUCAUAUUUUA